CUCCCUCCACCCCCCGCACCAGCCCUCAACAUGUGGCAGACAGAGGAGCCUGCAUCCAGCCUGUCAUACAGGCCAACAUGGCAAGGGGGAAGAAUUUCCUGCUCUGCGGCUGAGGUCCAGAUCCUUAGCCUGCUGGAAACGAUUAAACGCACCCAAGACCAGCUGGUGGCGAAGGUCAACAUCUUAAUCAGCAGGUUGACCACUACCCCGUGGCCAGAAGUUGAAAUGCCGGCCAAUAUCCAGUUUCCACUGGAACAGUUGGAGGCAGUGGAGGCAUUUGAGGCAUUUUUGAAGGAACCAUCAAAUGGCCCAGCUCGACAAAGAGUGAUUUCUUCUUUGGCCACCAUUGGAGGCCAGGAUGUGAAGCGGGUGACCUGGAACAUCCUGGGCAGGAUCUUCACAGAUGAGGUUUCACAUCAGAUAAAUUGGAAGGGUGUCAACAACAAAAAGGCCUUUAGCAGGAUGGCAACAAAGACCUUGCUUUUCAGUGCUGUGAGAAAAAAUGUGGUGACAAGGUCAGCCACGGACGCUGAGGUCACCAAACACGCGAUCAGAUGGUUCAACCUGGCGGCGGAUCGGGCAGCGAGGAGACGAGUAGUGCUGGAGUUAAAUAAAGGCAAAGACUUAACUGGGUUUCUGGAGCCAAUAGAAGACGAUUCAGAAGAAGGCACACCUGUGGACUGCACCUCUGCAGAUGAGGAGACGCUCUCAAUGGAUUCUAGAAGGCUUGCGGAUCAAGAGACUGCACAGUCGCCAACAGACGCUAACAUUAACUCCCGAACCAUCAGAACAAUGUACGCCAAACACUUGCGGAAACAGACCGAGCUGGCACAACUCCAAAUCCAGACAGAGAAACGCAACCUGGAAGCGACUGAGCUGGAUAUUGAAAUAAAAAAGAGGAAGUUGAGAACUUGACCUGGAGAUCCUGAAAUUGGAACAUGAGGCGAGUAUGGCCGCACAUAUUAGGGCCUUUUCCACCAAAAAUUCAGUUGAGGUAAUUUAUACAAAUCAGGCUGGUGACUUAUAAAGCAGCAGUACAGUAUGCUUAAAUAAA